AUAGAAAGCGACAGUGUUCUAGGCAACAGCUCAUUCUCACCUUGAGUCUCCUGGCUCUGGGAACAGUUCUAGCUCAGUCUUCUCCACCAUGGGCUUCAGACUCAGACCUACAUCCUUCUGCGCCAGGGCCAGACCACUCCAUAACCUACAGGUGUGGCCGCUGCUGGUCCUGCUCCUCACUGCACUGGUUCCCACUACAGUUGGAAAAUCUGAUGAUGUGGACCCAUAUCUUGAAUUGCGCUGUAGAUGUGCUAAUACAGUCUCUGGAAUCCCACUCAGCAAUAUUUCCUUUGUGAAUGUGUUCAGGCCAGGAGUCCACUGUGCCAACGUGGAAGUGAUAGCCACACUGAAAGGAGGGGAGAAAAUCUGCCUGGACCCAAAUGCCCCUGCCAUCAAGAAAAUAGUCCUGAAGAUAUUGGAAGGUUAUUGAGCAACCAUCUGUUGACUUACUGUGCAAGAAGGGCGAGGUUUUGAUAUCUGGAUAUUCCAGAAUCAUUUUCCACUUUAAAAUGGGGAUACAUUUUCAUUUUGUCUCAAAAAUCACAUUGUGUUUUGAGGUGUGUUAAAGGGUGGGUAAAGACGAUGAAAAUGGGCUAACCAAGUUGUAACAUGCAAUUUAUGGUUUAUUUCUGCAAUUCUCGGCUAAACAUUACAUUGUGAUGUAAUUUUCAUUUCUUUCUAAAUGCACUAUGUCAAGUUUUAUUUCUGUGUUUUUUGAAUUAUUUCUUUUAGUUUUGAGUAUAUAGUUACAUCACUUCCCCCUUCCCUUUCCUCCCUCCAAAUCCUUCCAUAGCCCCUUCCUCGUUCUUAUUCAUAUCCAUGACCACCUCUUUUUUCAUUGAUUGUUGUUAUAUUCAUAUAUGCAUAUACAUAUGUAUUGACAAAUUUCACAGUGGUCAAUGAUAAUAGGAACUGUCUGGAUCCAAGCAGAUCAUACUUGCUCAGUAGAUACUUGUUCAUAAGAGUUUUUUCAGUGUCUUAGAUCUAGAAUGCCUUGUUUCCAAACAACCUCUGCAAUGUUUUCUAACAUUUGUUUUAACCUUCAAAUCAAACUUAAUAAAGUCAUAGAAUAUAA